AUGUCCAUUACUUACAUUCCUCGUGUAACUCAGCUUGAUUCUCAACAGUUAGACAGGGAGUUAGAAGAACUGUUUAAGCACUGUAUUUUUCAGGCCACAAAAUAUUUUGAGCCUGGAAUAUUACAACCUUUUCUUCCUGAGAUUGAUUUAUUAAUCAGGACAUGGAUAUUUAAAAAUUCUAUAUAUGAUAAAAAUAGUUCUUUUGGACAACAAAUGCUUUCUUUAAAAUAUAAAACGGAUAACUUUUCAAGGACAAAGUUGUAUUGGUAUUUUGGUUAUAUGAUUGGUUUAAGGUACCUAAAAGACAGAGCAAUAUAUAGUUUUACUUCUAAUAUUAAGAGUGGUAAACAUCCAGCUCUUAUUGAUUUUAUAUUAGGUCUGGAACUAACAGCCGAUAAAUUAACAAGGGAAGAUUUAACUGACUUUUCCUGGACUCGAGAGCUUUUAUGGCAUAAUUUAAUAGAGUUAAUUGGAACAGUGCUUUCUUUAGUAAAUAUGUUUGGCUUGAAGCAAAGAAUGUCAAAGAUAUUGAAAUAUAUGUGGUGGAGAAAUCGUGUAGGUCCAUCUGCUGUUACAAGUCCAGCAUCAAUGACACUGUAUACUACAUGUGCAUGUUGUUCAGAAAAACCUAUACUGCCACAUGUUAUGGGAUGUUCUCAUAUAUUUUGCUACUAUUGUUUAACAGCGAACAAAGCUGCGGAUCCUGACUUUGCCUGCCCCAAGUGCUACUAUAAUGGAAAAGAAGUAAUAAAAUUCGUUAUUCCA